AUGGGCUGCUCUUCUUUUGCCGCAAAAACGCUGCAACGAGACGAAGACCGCGAUGGCAUCGUCAGAAUGGUAGUACUCGAUAGCUUGCAUCUAGAAGGAGGCCAUCAAGGUGUCAGAAGAAAGUACUGGAGGAUCCAAGCGAACUUUCACUGGCGUGGGUUGUAUCGAAGGGUACAACGAUACGUGGGGGAGUGUACCGAUUAUGAAACCGGGAAGGGAAAGGCAACGGGUCAGGGAGAGUCACCAGGGAAUAUACAGGGCACGUACCCUUUUGAGGUGAUCUCCAUGGACCACAUUUCGUCAUUGCCGAAGCCAUUCAAGUGGGGAACACCAAACUGCUGA